AUGGCUCGCGGUGCAGCUACUCAGCUCGUGCUGGUCUCCAUGGUGGCCGCUAUGCUCCUCGUAGCCUGCGAUGCGGCGAUAUCCUGCGGUCAGGUGACCUCUGCCUUGAGCCCCUGCAUCUCCUAUGCACGCGGCAAUGGCGCCAACCCGCCUGCGGCCUGCUGCAGCGGCGUCAGGAGUCUGGCCGGUGCAGCCCGGAGCACCGCUGACAAGCAAGCAGCGUGCAAGUGCAUCAAGAGCGCUGCUGGUGGGCUCAACGCUGGCAAGGCCGCCGGCAUCCCUUCAAAUGCGGCGUCAGCGUCCCCUACGCCAUCAGCUCAUCUGUGGACUGUUCUAAGAUUCGUUGAUCGACCACUUCUUCUCAUCAUCGCUGCAUAUAGCUCCAGCGAUCUACGCUGA